AUGUUUGUGAACACAUUUGCUUAUUUUUGGGCCAUCAAAAAAGUACAAUUAAAAGUGUUGCAUCGACUGCUCUUUUCAUAUCACCACUUUUUCAAGAGUCAUGACUUCGGAAUACGAUAUCCAAUUCGAUGGAAAUUCAAGUAGAGUAUUUUUCGCCGGUCAAACUAUGACCGGCUCUGUGGAGCUAAAUCUAGCACUGGUUAAAAAUAUUACAGGAGUUUUCAUACAUAUUACGGGAUAUUGCGAAGUCAAUUGGACUGAAAAAAGUGGUAACAAUGAUAGCGGAAUAGAACACUAUAAAGGUCGCGAGCAAUAUUUGGACGAAACGUUAUAUUUAGCAGGAACUAAAGAUGGUCCAGCAUUUGAACUACCGCCAGGACGCCAUUCUUAUCCAUUUUCAUUUCAUCUUCCUCAAACACUGGCUAGUUCAGUGGAAGGAAAAUGGGGACGCGUCCGUUACUCGGUCAAAUUAACCAUGGCAAGACCCUGGAUGGCUGAUAAUACACAAGAAGUAUUUUUUACUGUUCUGAGACAUUUGGAUUUGAAUGAUAAUUCUCUCGGCAUCCGUAAGCCACUUAAAGUUGUAGAAAACAAGAUAUUCUGCUGUUGGCCGUGUAGUUCUGAUCCCUUGUUUAUAGCGGCCGAAAUACCAAUUUCUGGAUACGUUCCUGGACAAACUGUAGCCAUCAAAUAUGAUGUUCAUAAUCAGAGCAGCAAGAGGGUAUACACUUUAAAAGCGAACCUCGUUCGAACCGAUGUGUUCAAAAGUGAACACCCACGCACAAAACAUAGAUCCAAUGAAGGUGUAAUGGACACUGUUACAAACGAUGGCCUUGGUCCUCGCCAGAGAGCAACAUUCGAACAGUUUUUGAAAAUACAUUCGUGCCCUCCAACAACGCUAACGUCUAGUCUUAUAACCAUUACCUAUGCAAUUGAGCUUGAUAUCGGUGUAAGCGGACUCUCCCGUAAUCUGAAACUAUAUUUUCCUAUUACAAUUGGAACCAUCCCACUGGCCAACACUGCCGUUCCGGGGUACCAAUCUGUCUCCGAUGUAUCACCAGUGGCAACUCAACCUAUGUCGUUUAGUCCAUCGGCUCCUGAUAUGUCAUCGUUUGCUCCAACAGCUCCCCUUUUGUCACAUCAAUAUCCCGAAGACCUUCCUCCACCAACUUUCGAAGAAGCAAUGCAAGCCGUCUCAGUGAUCAAACAAAAGCAACAGGAAGAAGAGGUCCCUGCUAUAGGAUGGAUUAAUUUUAAUCCGAAGUACAUGGUCUAUCGAUUUGACGGAUAUUCUUCCGGAGCAGCGCCAAACUUAGCCCACCCAAUCGAAUAUCCGAUGAAAAAAGCUUAAGACAAUGAUCAGUACUAUUAUCCGAUGUUAAUAUUAUCUUACGACAAAAUCUUCUGAAAAAGUUAUACGUUAUCAUUAAAAAUGAAGAUUACAUGAAACAUUACAUAGCGGUAACUGAUUUUAAACAAGUCUACCUCACAGGCAAUAUUCAAAAAUUGAUUAAGCUAAUGAUGAAGCUGAAAUCGUAAACUUCAUUUAUAUUGAAACAUAAAAUUCUUAUCGAGUAUCAAAUCAACCAGGUCAUUCAAAUCAUUAACAAUUACUAAUUGAAGAGACGUGCCGUUAGAACUUAACAAAAACUUGAAAUUAAAUA